CGGCGGAAGUAAAAGGUAAAGAAGGAAACCUGACGACGCAUCGAAGGAGAAACGGAUCCGUUCGGCAGAUAUCAACCAAACGACCUUUCACUCUGCUACUUUACACUAUAGCCAUGGAUGUGUCAGAUUCCUGAGCAGGAAGGAUGACAUCAGAGGCUGCUGUCUCUGCUAUCAGCAGUACCCGUGCAAAGAGGGACUACUACUGGCUUCGCACCAUUUUAGCUGGAGGUGUAGCAGCAUGUUGUGCCAAAACUACCAUCGCUCCUCUGGACAGAGUCAAGAUUCUUCUUCAAGCCCAGAACCCCCAUUACAAACACUUUGGAGUGUUUUCCAUUCUCAGAGCAGUCCCACAAAAAGAAGGCUACCUUGGCUUGUACAAGGGUAAUGGGGCUAUGAUGAUCAGGAUCUUUCCCUAUGGAGCCAUCCAGUUCAUGGCCUUUGACAAUUAUAAAAAGCUGCUCAGUACACAUAUUGGGAUCUCAGGACACAUCCACCGCCUCAUGGCAGGAUCUAUGGCCGGGAUGACCGCGGUGAUAUGCACCUAUCCUCUGGACAUGAUCCGAUCCAGACUGGCCUUCCAGGUGACAGGGUAUCACCGCUACACUGGAAUAAUUAAUGCCUUCCACACCAUCUACCUUAAGGAGGGGGGCGUCUUGGGCUUCUAUAGGGGACUCACUCCUACACUUAUUGGAAUGGCCCCCUAUGCAGGUUUCUCAUUCUUCACCUUCGGCACACUGAAGAGCCUCGGCUUGAAACACUUCCCCGAUCUCCUGGGACAACCUUCCUCCGACAACCCCGAUGUCCUGAUACUGAAAACCCAUGUUAACCUGCUCUGUGGAGGGAUCGCUGGUGCCAUCGCUCAGACCAUAUCGUACCCUUUGGAUGUGGCACGGAGAAGAAUGCAAUUAGGAACCGUGCUCCCAGACUUUGAGAAAUGCUCAACAAUGAGGAACACCCUCUCGUAUGUGUAUAAGACGUAUGGCAUCAAGAAGGGGUUGUACCGAGGCCUUUCUCUCAACUACAUCCGCUGUGUCCCCUCACAGGCCAUCGCCUUCACCACCUAUGAGUUCAUGAGGCAGGUCCUCCACCUGAAUUAACCGCUCUUCAAACGUUCAAGUCUGAAGCCGGGGCCUGUGAACGCCCCGAGUCAUAGAACAGAUCGACCGUUAAUGCUUCCUUCAUGCAGUGAUCCAAGACUUGCUCAAAAUGUCCUCUACUCUUUUAUGCUGGAGCUGCCUUUUCCUUGAGUUCACUGAAGGCACCAGGGGAGUCGUUGCGAGCUGAAAAAGUGAGACUAGAUCUCAGACGAGAGAGAGACACUCUCUUUCUCGUUCCCGCUUAAUUCUCGCUUUUGUGACUCCCCGCUCUUAAUAAAAGAUAUACCAGCAACAAGUGGCUUGGGUUUGAGCGACUUCGACAUUAGUGUCACCAUGGAUACAGUGGGGAAGUGGCACCGUAGUACCUGCUUUGUUGGUCGGAUGGCUUGGGUCCAUGAUAUGCACUCUAGCAAAGUUGUUGGCAAACCUCUGAUUGUAUGGAAGCCUCCUGAUUCACAUCAAACACAGGUGUCUUUUUCUGUUGAUUUCAUGACUGAUUUUAAGAUGGACACUUGUUGAACACUUAAAUGAGAAGUUCCUUUCUAAUCUUUUUUUAUUAUUAUUAUUUUUUUUACGAAAAGGGAACUCGGUGAGUUGCAUCACCCCUACGUAUGAACAUACUUUUAUUUGUUUAUCAUAUCUUCUCCUUAAAAAGUGACAUAUGUGUUGAAAUUUGACAAUAAGCUCAUGAUUUGUAGUUCUUUAUUCAGGACUCAGUGUGUCUUUACAUUUCAGUGCAGAUGUGAGAUGCAGUAAAUUCAGAAGUUUACCUGCUGACAGAUGUAUAGACUGAACAGAAGAGCACAGAAUUUUAGUUUACGGCAACUUGAGAUUUUAUUGCCAAACCUUGAUAAGAGCAGUUACUGAAUGUAUUGUUAACUGCAGAAUGAUAUUUUGUUUAUGUCGUUUAAUGUGCACUCAGAUGUUUAGUUUGUUGCUUUGAUGCUAUCGAUUGAUGCUGGACUCAUGAUAUGUUCAGUUUCCUUUUUCAGUGUUUAAGAUGAAAGCUUUUUAAAUGAAUAUGGAUGUAGGUCGGUACGAAGCUGCCUGUAGGGACUGAGGAGAAAUUUGCACAUCAUCACUGUAGCUUUCUCUUCUUUUAUUUAUUGAUUUAGCGACCAGUUGCCACUGGGUGGCAGCAUUGGAUAUACAUUUUAUUGUUUACUAUGAGAGCUGCACACAUCAUUCAUACAAAUCUCUAAUGAAAUACUUCCAAGAUUAUCAUUUCUUCCAUUUUGCUUAACUAAAGCAAGUUGUCUGUCUGCAGUUUACGCGUAAGGAAGGCUGAACAAUAUUUACUAUAAAGCCUUCAAUUUACUGCCAACGUUUGCUCCAGCUUCUUUGCUUUGUCUUAUUUUUUUUUAAACUUAUGCCUUCCUCUGAAAUCAAAGUCUUGAAACUCAAGAUUAUUUGAGGUAUUUUAAAGCAAAACUGUCAAACAUUUGCUGCUUUUCUUUGUGUUUAGUAAUAUUAAUGAAACCUUCAGACUGUUAGAGCAAUGUCACGACGCUCGUUUUGCCUCGAAGUCCAGUAAUGUCCACCUUUUACAGACUCAGUAUAUUCAGUCGAUCAUCAAAAUGUUUUGUGAUUGCUUAGACUUGCCACAAGUACCCUGUGAGGAAUGUAGGGCCUGAGGUUUUGAUCUGCUGCUUCAUCACAUUGGAAAACAGUCUACUGAACACUUUGAAAGCUUUUUUCUUCUAAUAGUUUGGUACCGAAGAGUUUAAUACCCUUUCUGAGAAGGUGUUGUUGAACAAAAGUCUAAAAAUCCUCCAUCUUGUUGAUGAGUAAGAGGCUUCGUGUAGAGCUUUAUCACAGAGUAUUUAAUUAUUAACUAACUAAGUAUGCCUACAUGCCCGGGCACAUACCAUCAGUAGUGGCAAUCAACGUGCCAGCACAAAUCUAGUUUUCAUCAGAAUUUCUGCAGCUGUUGCCUCACAUUCAUCAACAACACUGCUCUGUGCACGAGCGCUUAAUAACUGCUGCUCUUUGAUUUGUCUUUGCCUGAUGUGAUCUUUCACUGUUAUAGAUGUUUUUUUGUGUCCUAUCAAUCCGACAUCAGCUCUGCUCCUGCUGCUCAUUGCAGCAAAGAUGAUAAAAGAAGGAAAUGAUUGAGAUGUAUAUGCGGAGAUGUUAUGUAAUAGUUUGAUAUGUAGCCCCACCACCUGAUGUUCAACAUGACUGAAAGCUUUGAGAAUGACUGAACAUUGACAGUGUUUUUCAGUUUUAUUUCCUUUGCCUUGCUUUUUAUAAGCCCUGUCUGAACUACAUUACACAUCAGCUCCUUCAAACAGUAACAACCCUUGUGUCUGUGGUUUUUUCUUUGAAUUUGAGCUCAUUCUCAGACUCUAUCCACCAUGUUCUUAACUGAGGGAAAAGGAAGAAGUGGAUUACUUGGAUGUGUAUCUGAAGCAGACUGUGACUAUCAUAUGUGCAAACCUCCAGUUACUGAUGAUGUUAAAGAUCCAACUGCAAAACCACAGUGUGACGAUGUGAUGCAUUUGCAUUUUAUUUAACUGAACUGGAAUACACUCGCUGUUGUUUUCUGAU